GGCAAGCUGAGUGAAGGGCGCCGUAGGGGUGAAGCGGACGCAAGGCGCUGUGACAGGGGAAAGUGACGAGUUGCUUUUCGUUGCCAUCCAGGGACGAGGACACGGCGACGCUCCCAGCCAGCUGCCCGCGAUCUCUAGGCGGCCAAGAUGUCAGCCGCUGGUGUCCGAGGCCUGCGGGCCACCUACCACCGGGUCCUCGAUAAAGUGGAGCUGAUGCUGCCCGACAAAUUGCGGCCGUUGUACAACCACCCGGCAGGCCCCAGGACGGUAUUUUUCUGGGCUCCAAUUAUGAAAUGGGGGUUGGUGUUAGCUGGAUUGGCUGACAUGGCCAGACCUGCAGAAAAACUCAGCCCUGCUCAAUCCAGUGUUUUGAUGGCUACAGGGUUUAUUUGGUCAAGAUACUCACUUGUAAUUAUCCCAAAAAAUUGGAGUCUGUUUGCUGUUAAUUUUUUUGUGGGGGCAGCCGGAGCCACUCAGCUCUUUCGUAUCUGGAGAUAUAACCAAGAACUAAAAGCUAAAGCAUUCAAAUAAAAGAGAGUUCCUGAUCACCGGAACAAUCUAUAUGUGGACAUAACCACUGGGACCUAGUUUAUUAUUUGAUUAUUUAUAAGGCGAUGCUAACUGUGCUAACAUUGGAAGGCACACACACACACACACACACACAAUCUUAACUGUAAGUAGAGACUAGUACUUGAUUCCAAAAAAAAUAAAACAAACUUGUAAUAACAGUCUCUCUUUCCAUAUGGCUUUAAGGAACCUAUCUAUGGAUAUGAAUGACAUUUUUUUCUACCAUUUGUCCUUAAUAAAUCAUACUUGAUCAUUAAUACCCUAAGUCUCCUUCUGUUUUAGUCAGCCAAAAUAUGUACAUAUAAAAGCAAACAAAAGCCAAGAGUAGUGGUGCACACCUAUAAUCCAAGCUGUUAGGAGGCUUAGGCAGGAGGAUCAUGAAUUUGAGACCAGCCUGGGCUACAUAGUGAGACUCUAUCUCAAAAAAAAUAAUAAAAAACAAACAAAUUUUGGCAAGCUGAAAGACAGUUGAGAGGUUAAAUAAUAUGCUUAUUUAGUGUUAAGAUGGUCGAAUAACUACAGGUAGAAGGAAAUAUUCAAGAGAGUGAGAAAUGAGUAGUAAAAGGACUAAGAAAAUGUUCUCAGACGAUUUUAAAACAUUUUAACUUAACAUGAAGAAGCUUGACUUUUUUUUACACAUUAGUAGUACUGGAAUUUGAACUCAGGACCUCACACUUGGUAGGCAGGCACUAUACUACUUGAGCCAUGCACCCAGUCCUAUAGCUACAGAUUGUUAAGUAAGAUUGUUGUGAAGAUAAUGUUUUUACAUGGUGCCUGGUCCAUAAUGAGUAUUAAAUAUUUGAAUUACACUCAGUAACUGAUAAAACAUAGCAGAAAGGCUCUCAAGUCAGACUGUCCUGAAUUUGAAUUCCCCUUCUAUGAUUUAUAAGCUAUGGCUUUGGCAAGUUAAGUACCUAGUAGAAUACCAGGGCCUACAUAAGGUUUGUGACCUUUGUCCCCAUUGUAAGGCGAGACUGGACAUACAUUACUGGGACAUGCUAGAACUAACAGUCUGAUUCAGCCUUCAAUUUGGAGUGCUG